AUGGUCGUUUGUUUGAGCGGGUCAGCUGGGUCCAUUUACAAAGCUGGAGGUCUCAAACGGUCUCGCGACCAGUUUGAAGUUGCGUGGAAGGGGUAUGAUGACGUUUCAUAUGUCAUUUUGGUUUCAGAUAUGGAACGACUGACCUACCUGGAGGAGGAAAAGAUCCAACCUGGGGACAAGAGGAAGAGGAAGGAGGUCGACUACUCGGACACACUCACCGAGAAGCAGUGGCUCAGGGUCAGUUGGUCUGGAGAAAUGGUUGCAGUUGGUCUGGGGGGAGGGUUGCAAUUUACUACCCAUGAUUUGACAUCUAUUGGCCACUUCUACACUUUUGUACUGAAGGUGUACAUAAAGUCCUGGUUUACCUCUCCAUGUGCUUCAUCUGCUCCAAACAAUGACUUGCUGCUGCUUCGAGAGUUAGAAAACUACAAGAAAACAAAUAAAGCUGUUGCUAAUGCUGCGUUGAAGUCAUACUCUGGUCAUUUAUGGUACUUGAAUAAUGUAUUGAUCGGCUUAGCAUUCUUUGACUCGGAAGUCUCAUCUGCGACGAAAUCAGCCAUGUUUAAAAGCUGUCACGAUGCCGCCGAGAGAGGAGUGGCCUUAAUUCAGGAGUUCAACAGAGUUUUAACAAAUGGCGAAGACCAAUUGCAGUAUUUGUUCCAAGUGAUAGAGAAACAUCGCAAAGACUUCCCAAAUCCAAAGAAGUCUACCAUUAUUGCUGCGAGAAGAAAGUAA